AUGCUGCUGUUGACGAGAAUCGUUCUGGUCGGGUUGAUCUGCUUGUCCUUGGUGUCCUCUGGUAUGGGCUGUGGACCGGGCAGGGGCUACGGUAGGAGAAGACAUCCGAAGAAGCUGACACCUCUUGCGUACAAACAGUUCAUCCCAAACGUCGCGGAGAAGACCCUAGGAGCCAGUGGCAGAUACGAAGGCAAGAUCACGCGGAACUCCGAGCGAUUUAAAGAACUGACUCCCAAUUACAAUACUGACAUUAUCUUUAAGGAUGAAGAGAACACCGGUGCGGACCGGCUCAUGACUCAGAGAUGUAAAGACAAGCUGAACUCUCUGGCGAUCUCUGUCAUGAACCAGUGGCCAGGGGUGAAGCUCCGCGUCACCGAGGGCUGGGACGAAGAUGGGCACCAUUUUGAAGAGUCCCUACACUACGAGGGAAGGGCAGUGGAUAUCACGACCUCCGAUCGAGACAAGAGCAAAUACGGCACGCUGUCCAGACUAGCAGUGGAGGCUGGGUUCGACUGGGUCUACUACGAGUCCAAGGCCCACAUCCACUGUUCUGUCAAAGCAGAAAACUCAGUUGCUGCCAAAUCUGGCGGCUGCUUCCCAAGCACCGCUUCGGUGACUCUCAAAGAUGGAAGCAGGAAGGCAGUGAAAAACCUCAGAGUUGGCGACAAAGUGCUAGGUGCCAACAGUGAUGGGGACCUCGCAUACAGCGACUUCAUCAUGUUCAUGGACCAGGACUCGUCAACUAGACGAGUAUUUUAUGUGAUAGAGACUAAAGAACCGGCUCAGAAAAUUACCCUGACUGCUGCACAUCUCCUCUUCGCGGUCAACAACUCAACGGAUGAUCUCCACAGCAUGACAGCAGUAUUUGCGAGCGAAGUCAAACCUGGACAAAAGGUGGUUGUCUUUGAUGAUUUGCAUAACCAACUGAAGUCGGUCACCGUGGGACGGAUUUACAUGGAGGAGCACGAGGGGUCCUUUGCGCCCGUGACUGUUCAAGGAACCAUCGUUGUUGAUCAGGUGCUUGCGUCAUGUUACGCGGUAAUUGAAGACCACAAUCUAGCGCACUGGGCGUUUGCACCUGUCAGACUGAGCUACUGGCUGUCCUCGUUGCUAUCCCCGAAAGACUACUCCAUGCCCAACGCCACCUUACAUGAGGACGGAGUGCACUGGUACUCCAAAAUUCUAUAUCAAUUAGGAACGUGGCUCUUGGAUAGCCACGCGCUUCACCCACUGGGGAUGUCAAUAAACUCAAGUUGAAGCAAAGCAAAAUAAGACAAUAAA